UGUCAAAAUCUCUCUCUUUUAUUUUCUGACUACAAUGGCACCAAAGGCUGAGAAGAAGCCGGCGGAGAAGAAGCCGGUGGCGGAGAAGAAGGCCGAAAAAUCUCCGGCGGAGAAGAAACCGAAGGCCGGUAAGAAGCUACCGAAGGAGGCCGGAGCCGGAGGUGACAAGAAGAGGAAGAUGAAGAAGAAGAGCACGGAGACGUACAAGAUCUACAUCUUCAAGGUGCUUAAACAGGUUCAUCCCGACAUCGGGAUCUCGAGCAAGGCCAUGGGAAUCAUGAACAGCUUCAUCAACGACAUCUUUGAGAAGCUCGCUCAAGAGGCUUCAAGACUCGCGAGGUACAACAAGAAGCCUACCAUAACUUCGCGGGAGAUCCAGACCGCCGUCAGGCUUGUUCUUCCCGGAGAGCUAUCAAAGCACGCUGUUUCAGAGGGUACCAAAGCCGUGACGAAAUUCACCAGCGCUUGAAUUCUUGUCGCCGGGUUCGGUUGUUUUUUGAUGAUGGUGCUCUGUAUCUAGGGUUAGGGUUUAGGGUCAUCCGGUUACUUGAGAUUUGAUAGUCAAUUCUGAAAAUUUCUCGUGUGUCUCGUUUCCAUCUUCGAUGUAACUACGAAAUCCAAUUUUGAUAUGAAAUGAAUCCGACGUUUGAUUCUC